CAUAGUAUCCACAACAUGGACGAUUCUGAUCUUUCCAUUACUUCGAACGCGGUCCCCAAUGAACGGAUACAAACAAUACAAAGUAAAUCGCGACGGAUGCAAAACGAAUUCCUACUCGAAUCUCCUACAAAAAGGGCUCCGGCACCCUUCUCUCCUCUACUCGAACCCCUCCUUGUUUUAACGUCUCAAGAUCUAAAAUCCAUGGAUUCUCUUUCUCUUACUGCAGCUGUAGCUGCUAUAUCUCUCCUUGCGAUAUUUACAACCCCAUGCCACUCAGCUACACCUACAACCAGCUGCACUUCUCAAUCCUUCUCAAACAACAGAAGCUUCUCCCUCUGCAGCAAUCUCCCCCACCUCAGUUCCUCCCUCUUCUGGACCUACUAUCCGUCCAACUCCACUGCAUCCAUCGCCUUCGUCGCUCCUCCCGCACAACCAACAGGCUGGAUUGCAUGGGCUAUCAACCCAACGGCCACAGGCAUGAUCGGGUCCCAGGCCCUCAUCGCUUUCCAAUCCAACGGGUUGAUGAAGGUCCAGACCUUCAACAUCACCGGUUACGGCCCCGUCCAGCCCUCCCCCAUCUCAAUCAACGUCUCUGAUCUUUCAGCCGUGUUCGACAAAGGGCUAAUGAUGAUCUUCGCCACGGUGACGUUGCCUCAGAACAAGACGACGUGGAACCAGGUAUGGCAGGUGGGGUCCACUGUAACCAACGGUCUACCUGAUAAGCAUGCGUUCGCCACGGAUAAUUUGAAUGCGAAACAGACGUUGGAUUUUCUGAAGGGGGCGACUAGUGGGACCGGGACCGGCGGGCAGCAGAAUGGAACGGUGAGCGUAAUAGGGAAAGCGCCAGCAUCGGCUCCGUCGCCUUCGUCGCCGUCUUCAUCGCCGACUCCUUCUUUCUCGCCUCGACGUGCUAUUUAUCGGCCGUCGUUUAUGAUGGGCUUGGUUUUGUUUGUGAUUUUUAUAUGCAGUGUUUGAUGGGUGGAUUUUUAGUUUCUGAUUUUGGAGAUUGUCGGAUUUGGACUGUUGAUAGAUAUCAUCUUGUUUGGACUGAGAUGGGUAUCUGAUCUAAUCCGAUAUUUGUGUUUGAGAUGGUUGUGUUUUCUUUUUCUUUCAUACAUUGGUCAGUUGAAUAGUCGUUUUGAGAUUAUUAUUUUUUGU